CCGAGCAUGCAGUGCUUCCCCAGCCUGGUGCUGGCCCUCAGCUCGCUGCUGGGCGCCCUGGCGCUGCUGCAGCUCUCGCUGUACCUCCGGGUGCCGUCCCGCUACGGGAAGCACGAGGAGCGGCUGUGCCGGCCGCGGGGCCGGCUGCCGGCGCGCUGCGCCUGGUUCCUGCAGGAGCUGCCCUCCUUCCUGGUGCCGGCGCUGCUGCUGGCGCUGCGCAGCCCGCCCCGCCUCGAGCCGCUCGGCUGCCGCCUCCUCUGCUGCCUCUUCUGCUGGCACUACUUCUACAGGACAUUUAUUUACCCCUUCUUCACUAGAGGCAGACCUUUCCCACUGCAAUUGCUUUUCUUUGGCACAUUAUUCUGUAUCUAUAAUGGCUUCCUUCAGGGGUACUACCUGAUUUACUGCGCUGAAUAUCCAAACGAUUGGUGCACCGACAUCAGAUUUACAUCAGGCCUCCUCUUAUUUCUGCUGGGAAUGGGAAUCAACAUUCACAGUGAUCUCCUGCUGCGCCAGCUGAGGAAACCUGGGGAAGUCACUUACAAGAUUCCUCAAGGGGGACUGUUCACCUACGUUUCUGGAGCCAACUACUUUGGAGAAAUUGUGGAAUGGUUUGGUUUUGCCAUAGCAACCUGGUCCCUACCAGCCUUCGCCUUUGCUUUUUUUACUCUUUGCUGCAUCGGGCCACGUGCUUAUCACCAUCACAGGUACUAUCUCAAGACAUUUACGGACUAUCCAAAAUCAAGGAAAGCCUUGAUUCCUUUUGUUUUUUAAUGAUUGAAAUAUGGACUCUGUGUUCUGUUUUUAUAGGGCUUUUUUCAAUUCCUAGUUUUAAUGUUAGGUCUGACUAUAAUUAAUUGUACAAAUGAUAACCUGGGGUUGUAACAAACAAGAAGGUAAUUUGGAACUGAAGUUCUUGGUUUUGACUACAGGGGAAAUUGCAGAUAGUUGUGGGCAAAGGGACUCCCCAAACAACAUGUUUGCUUGUCAGUGGAGUUCUACCUAUGGAAAAUGGAUAUAUAACUGCACUGACAUCAGAGAAAAAGCAUUGGCGAAAAACUGAUGCAGAAAAGUAGAAAGUAAGCCCAUGACUUCAGAGAGUCUUCAGCAGCCAUUCCAAUUUAUAGCACUUCUGCAGCUGCUUCUUCCUGCCUCCAUACCAUAGCACAUGUGCCCUCGCUCUGCCGGCACUGCCCUAGGUGUUGCCACACUUUAAACAGGAGUAGGGGUCUCCUUUGCUAGGAAAAUAACUCAGCCCAUUAUUUUGCAUCUAAAAGCCAGCUGAGCUCCCAGAACCAUAAUGCAACAAGAGGAUUACUUGUGCCAGCACAAGGCUGGGAGCAGUGUGCCAUGGCACAGAGGCGAUGUGAAGUAUGUGGAGAUAGAAGUAUCUUAAGCUGGCACUCACAAGCACAGUGUCUGUGUUCCUUCCUUAAGCAAUAAUCUCCUCACUGUCAGAUGAUUAAUCUUCAGCCAUGAGAGUUUUUUUUUAAAUUUACUUUGUUAAAGCAAUUGCAGCUCCAUUAGGAUUUUUUUUCUGUUGCAAAUCCAGAGCUCUUUUCAGAAUAAAAAUUUGUCCACUCAAAAACA